GGCGGCGCGUGCGUUCCAGUCAGUUUGCAGAUGUUGGCGUGGUCAGAUCAAAACACCAUAUCACACCGAGUCAGACGCACCAUUCCGCUUAUGGUUCUAGCAUUCCGGAAAUAAAGCAGACGCUAGAAAGCUGAAAGCGAUGGCUGCCUGUGCAUUAAACGUCGCAAGGCUCCACUUUUUGUUGGAAGUGUUCGAAAUAGCCAACAAUCCCGAGAACGAUGGUUUGAAGUGGAGUGUGGACGGAAGAUGGCUAAUCGUGAACCUGCCGGCACUGGCCCUGUAUUUGCAAUCGGUCAUCCAAAACCCCGAUCCACUCGACUGGUUUGUGCAUCAUCUGUCCGGGGCCGGCUUCGUGCAGUGCCCGCUGCAGUUGGUCGACGAGGCGGAGUACAACGCACCGGCGGACCAUACGGUCAUCUUCUGGCAUCCGCGCUUCCACCGCAAUCAUGCCUGGUUCAACUACCAAUGGAGCAGCGAGCCCACCCCGUACCCGCGGCAAGGCAACGAGGAGUAGCCUAACCAAUGAAACUGGACAACGUGGAGUAGCCGGUACAGCAGGGCGCCGAUCCUGCAAGACGUAAGACCAAUCGAACGAAGAACAGAAAGACGCAGGAUGAAGACGAAAGGAUUCGUGACCGGCAGACCGUGCGCGCCGCCGUUAAGAACUUCUGCGCGUGCAAACUCAACGCAAAUUCCAGUUUUGUGACAGCAAUAGCAUAUGAUU